AUGCCUCACUAUGACGCAUCUGUAGCCGACCAGAUCACACAUUACCUAGGCGCCAAGGGCCAGCGGUUAUGGGCAUGGGCCAGAGGACCUGGCCGACAGAGGGCGACAUGGCUAUCCCUCGCCGCGAUCCACCAGCUGCGUAGGAACCUGACCUCGAGGCGGUUAUGGAGCUUCCCGCACUUGGUUGUUGUUUUCUGGGUCCUGAUUCUGCUCUGGGGCGAGCGAUGGGUGUUUGACAGCAAGGUUGCGAGCUGCGAUUGGGAUCAUUGGGAGAACUGGCCCAAGGGCGCAAACCCGCAUCACCUCAUCUUCAUCGCCGACCCCCAGAUUAUCGAUCCUCACAGCUAUCCAGGACGUCCCUGGGUGCUCUCGGAGCUGACCAUGAUCAUCACCGACAACUAUCUCCUUCGCGGCUACAAGUCUCUCCAGAGGCGCCUCAGGCCGGAUACGGUGAUGCUUCUCGGCGACCUCUUCGACGGCGGGCGGGAGUGGAAAACGCACCGUGGCGAGUUCGUCGACCCGCGGUGGGGGAAGCAGCGCUCGCGCGACGAGGCCAAGUGGGUGGAUACAUGGCACCGAAAGUACGGCGAGGAGUACUGGCUGCGGGAGUACAAGAGAUUUGGAAACAUCUUCUUCGACCAUUGGAGUGACGGCGGGGACGCACCGGGGGCUUGGCAGCGAGGGAGGAAGUUGAUCGCCAGCUUGCCCGGGAACCACGAUCUCGGGUUCGGCGCCCAGGUCCAGGUACCAGUGCGGGAUCGCUUCAGUGCCCAUUUUGGAGAUUUGAACCGGGUGGAUGUUAUUGGAAAUCAUACAUUCGUGUCGGUUGAUACACUGUCGCUGAGCGCUGCCUCAUCCGACUUUGCUAGCACUCACGAUCUAUCGCCGAUAUACGGACCGGUCAAUAGGUUCCUCAAGGGGGUCCAGGCUUCUAAGCGAAGGGCUGUGAAGGCGGAACUGAGUGCCUGGCACGACAGUGCUGAGAGCCUCAAGUACCCGCACGAUGUUGAGGAACUGGAGCUCAGCACCAACCCUGAAGGGUUCCCCCCAACCGAUCCUGGUGCCGACGCUGUCGAGUUCCCUACCAUCCUUCUCACGCAUGUUCCUCUCUACCGUGAGCCCGGAACACCUUGCGGGCCGCAACGCGAGCAUUGGCCGCCCACGAAGCCCGCCAAGGGCGAGACUGGGCCGACGACACCCGAUCACCGAAAUGCGAUUUCAGUGUCCGGUGGUUACCAGUACCAGAAUGUCUUGGAGGAAUCCGAUUCGGUGAAGUUGGUCAAGGACGUCGGCAACGUUGUGCAGGUCUUCUCCGGCGAUGAUCACGACUACUGUCAGCUGGUCCAUUCCGAAUCACAGGGCAAUGUGCCCGAGAUCACGGUCAAGAGCAUGAGCAUGGCCAUGGGUGUGCCAACGCCAGGUUUCCUCAUGGUCAGCCUCUACAACCCGGUGGAUGAGGAUGGAAAUCGCAUCCCCGGCGCGCCAGAGAAGACGCUGCAGACACACCUGUGUCUGCUGCCGAAUCAGAUACACACGUACAUCAAGUACGUCGCCUUCAUCAUCCUGAGCCUUGUGGUCCUCAUCCUCCGGGCCGUUCUUGUGCCGAUUCUGGGUCUGAGCCGGUUCGCGCUGGAGAAGAAUGACAUUCCCGAAUUCAAGUACAGCAACACCCUCCCGAUAUCCACCAAGGAUAAGAUCGAGCCCCCCGAUCUACGGUCACCUACGCUGGGAUCAUCGUCCACGUCCAUGUGGCCUGGCGCGGGCAAUUCCACCCUCUCGUCCAACGGGCGAUGGCAGCCAGCCCAGAAAGGAAAACGUCGGUGGACGAACGGUCCACGGAUCAAUCUCGACGAGGCAUUCUACGACCCGCGGCAGACAGAGGUCGGGAGCAGCAAGACACUAGGCGUGGUUGGGAAGGAGAUCUGGACCACCGUCUGGAGAGUCGCGUGGAUGACGGUCCUGUUCUGGGUCUACCUGGCCAGGGAGAAGUGA